AUGGACUAUCCUCAGUCGCACGAUGACAAGCUAGUAGUCUCCAAGAUCUCACUGGAGAAGACCUCUAGUCAUAAAGGGAUUCCCAGUCGGGAAGGCUUGAUUGAGGCUCUCAAAGCUCAGAAACCAGAUCCAUGGGCGCCCAAUCUGAGGAAAUUAUAUGGCUUUUGUCUGAUUGCUUUUCUUUGCUCGACGAUGAAUGGUUAUGACGGAUCUAUCUUCGGAUCCCUUCCCGCUCUUGACUCUUUCCGUGACCAGUUUGGAGUCGAGAAGAACGGUGCAAAGAUCGGAUAUAUUUCAGCCAUGUACACAGUUGGAGCGAUUUGCUCCUUGCCAUUCAGCGGACCUGCAUGCGAUAUCCGCGGCCGCAGAUGGGGCACGUUUCUCGGCUGUAUUAUUGUCGUCGCUUCUACAUUUGUCUCCGCCCUCUCGCACCGCGUUCCGCAGUUCGUGGCCGGUCGAUUCUUCCUUGGCUUCGGAGUCAACAUUGUUCGGUCAACCAGCUCCGUCUGGUGUGCUGAGGUCUGUCCGCCUGCCUAUCGUGGAAUCAUCAUGGCAUUCUACAACUGCACGUACGCGGUUGGCUCACUUGUCGCCGCGGGAGUCACAAGAGCAUCGGCCGGAUACGCCGGUAACAAAGCGUGGCAGGUUCCUCUGUGGUGUCAAAUGAUCUGUCCCGGGAUUGUCUUGCUGGGUGUGCUUUUCUUCCCCGAGUCGCCUCGCUGGCUGUUCUCCCAUAGCCAAGAAGAUAAAGCCUUGGAGUUCUUGUCGUAUUACCACGGCGAGGGAAACCCGGACCAUCCGCUCGUCCAAUUGCAAUUACAGGAGUAUAGAGAGUUUAUCUCGCUUUCUGGCUCUGACAAGCGCUGGUGGGACUUUAGUGAUUUCUACAAGAACAAAGCCGGACGAUGGCGGUUCUGGAAUGCAUUGAUUGUUGGAAUCUGGGGUCAGUGCUCAGGCAAUGCAGUCGUCACGUAUUACCUCCCUGCAAUGCUCAUCACCACCGGCAUCACCGACUCAGAGCAGGUAUUGAAUGUCAAUCUGGGUUAUACCGUUGUCUCAACCGUGGCCUCUUAUAUCGGUGCCAGCCAGAUCGAACGAAUGGGCCGUCGCCCGACGAUUAUCUGGACUGCGGUUGCCUGUUCGAUCUGCUUCGCCUGUAUCACAACGGGCUCGGGGAUCUUCGCCAAUACGCAAGCGCAGCCAGCAGCCACUGCAGGCAUCGCAUUUAUCUUCAUUUUUGGGUUCUGCUAUAACUUUGGAAUGACCCCAUUGCAGGCAUUGUAUCCGGUUGAGGCUCUUUCCUAUGAAACACGAGGCAAGGGUGUUGGGUUCACAUUCUCGAUUGCACAUUUAUUCACCUUGCUCAAUCAGUUCUGCUUCCCUAUCGCUUUACAAAAGAUUGGCUGGUAUACGUAUAUUGUUUUCAUUAUUUGGGAUCUGUUUGAAGCUACGGUGAGUUAUUUUGUGUCGGUUGAAACUAAAAAUCACACCUUGGAGGAGCUUUCGGAGAUCUUUGAUAGUCCUAAUCCGGUCAAAGCGUCCGUUCAAAGGCCAGUUUCUACGGGGUCUGGGUAA